GAACUUUCAUUUUCUCAUGAAGAUCCUCCCAUUUUGAGAAACUAUAAAAUGGGGACUGAAACAGGUGCAUAAUUACAUUCUCCUCCUGAUCAAAGAUGGAUCUGCAAAUCUCAGUUUUUCUUCUCUUCAUUCUUUUCACUGCAGGACACUCUCUCAGCUGUUAUGAGUGCAAGAGUGUGACGGGUUGUGCAGAUCAGAAGUUAAAAACAUGUCCUAGUGGAUUUUCUCAGUGCUCGAGUUCAACAGCUGUGGUACAAUUUGGUUACUUUAGUACUAAAGUGAAGAUUAAAGAUUGUAUUGCUGCCUGUCCAAGUGGGUCCAUGAACUUUGGAUUUAUAAAGUUGACUACUUCCUGCUGUGACACAGACGAGUGUAACGUCCGAGAUGCUCGAGAUCCCUCUAACAUCCCCAAUGGAAGGAAAUGUUACUCCUGUGAUAUUCAGAGCUGCUCAAACAAAUUGAUCUGUACAGGGGACGAAGACCACUGCAUUACAGCAACAGGGACUUUUGGAGGCCGGUCAAUGGUGGUAAAAGGCUGUGCCUCUAAGUCAGUUUGUGAUGGCAUACAAUUUGAUCUUGGUGUUGCGAGCGUCUCAUGUUGUGAGGGGAACCUGUGUAACAGUGUCGACCAGAGAUGGGAGUUCUAGCACAAUUCAAUGGAGAGUGAAUCAAGCUGUGGAUAACCUACUGAAAGAGACAGUCCUGUACUUUUACGUGAGAGAAGGCAUACGUCGCCACCACAGACGCGAGACACCAACGUCUGAGAAGUACGUCGCCACCACAAAAAAUGAAUCUCUCAUUUUUUUUUAUAGAUUUUCAUAUCUUUCCUUUGUUAUGUUUCUUAUCAAUCAUUGUUAACUUUUUCUUUUACUGUCCUGCGCUCUGAUGACAUUGAAUAUAUUCAUUGAAUAUAUUCUUCUUAUAUUCUUACAUAUUUUGUAGCUAUUAUAUACAAAAUUGUAUGUUAUUAAUGUAUGUUAUCUACUGUUUACAAACAUAAUAAAAAAAAAUAUUAAAACUA